UUUCAAGUAUGAUCGGACUGAGUUCUUGCGUGAGGUGUGCGGCCGUGUCGUUAUUGCGCAAUGGAGUUAACAGUCGGAUCGAUUUAUCAAGUUCAUUCCAAAGUCGCUGUCUGAGUCUGGCAUCGUUAGAUCCGCAGGAAAAAGAAAAUCUUCUCCAACCAACACUUUUCAAGGGAUUUCUUUAUCGCCUCGCCACUUCGGAUGAUCGGGACCAGAUACGAGACGGACUGGAACGAUGGUUCUAUCCGGGGGAUCCGGUUGGCUCGGAACAUCGUGAUGGCCCUCAGUACGUGGAAGAGGAUAUGGACUGGAUGCUGGGGCUCAUUGAGCACGGUAUAGUGAUCGUGGCGCACGAGAAAUCCAGUGGAAGUUUUGCCGGAUUUUGCGGUGCUCAAUUGAUUGGACCUGACUACGUUCCAGAAAUGAUAGAACUAGCCAAGACUGCAGAGACAAGAAAGUUUAGAGAUAUUUGCUUGUUCUUGGCUCAUUGUACCCGCAAUGCGAACAUCUUUGAAAGAUAUCAGAUUGAAACGGCCUAUCAAACUCCUUACACGAGCGUCGAUCCAAAAUUUCGCGGACGAAAACUUGGCAGCGUUAUGAUGGAUCAAAACCUAGAAAUCGCGAAAAUCCUUGGAGCUGGAGCGAUCUACGGUGAUUGUACUGGCCCUUACAUGGCUCGUUCUUGCCAGAGAAUUGGAAUGCGAUGCGUCUACGAGAUAGCAUACAGGGAUUAUCGGGAUGAAAACGGAGAAAUUGUGUUUAAAACCAAACCGGGCUACGAAUAUUUACAGUGUCAUGCUAUGAAGCUAACCUGAUAGUGAGAUUUGAAGCAGACUGGAACUCCUUGGUGUUGUAUCAUUAUAAAAUCUAUCAUUCAACGCAGGCUGAGAUGAUGAAUUAUUGGAGGUACUAAAAAUGAUUCACCAUUGUCUUGAUGCUUGGCACACUGAGAAGUUCACAGUUUUUAGUAGUACCUACCUACAAAAAUGAAUAAUAAAUUUCUA